AUGAAAUUGGCCCGCGGGCCGCACGUCGCCUUCCCCGGGCUCAGCCGGGUUCGCACGUCCCAUCCCUAUAUCGAAGUAAUGGUCCCUGCCCGGAUAUACGCGCGGGUCACAAUUCAUUCCUCCCCCAGUUCGCCGCCAGGAGCGAAGCUGUGCGCCUGGGCCGAUGCUCGCGGGUGGGGAUUAAUCGACUGGGGCUCGGGUUUCGAUGGCAGUGGAUUAAUAUUUUCUUUGUUAGUGUCGGUGGCGGAGAUGAAACUGCCCGCUGCGAUGCGCGUCGUGUGUCUCUCGGAGGUCAUUACCUGCCUCGUUGUCUUCACCAGUGUCAUCAUCGACGAUGCACCUUUCAUCCAUAAGCUCGCCUAUUAUAUUGGAACAUGUUUCUUACCACCUGCCUUGAUGCUCACGUACCCCAAUAAAGAUGCGCGCGAACCACUGACUGACUAUAGAACGCCGUGUUACAAAUGCGUAUGCAUCUUUUCUGGGCGAAAAUCGAAUUCCCCGCUCCAACUCGAUAAUCGCUCUUCAUCCCUGGUUUCCGGGGCGACGAGGGAAGCGGUUCUGGAGAAUCCGAACCCGAUCCAAUAUAGCAUCGGAGAAGGUUUGACGGGAAGGAAAGGUGACGACCUGAAGCCCACACUGAGCAGGCGGGAGCAUCAGAGAGCAUUUCAGUUUUCCGCGUUGGCGGGACGACUAUGUCAUGAUCCGCUGUGCUCGCGUUAA